ACACUUUUUUUAAAGAUUCUAAAUGAUCGGCAGCGGCAGACUUGGUCACUAUUUUGGAAUGGCUGGGCAUGUCAGAUAUUCUGUGCCUGUUCUCAUUGUUCUUCUGAUUUUCGGUUUUGCUUUACUCGUUGUGAGGUAUUCGGAGGUCUUCAUUGACAAACGGGUGUUCCGUCAGAAGAAUUUCCUCGAGACGCUCAAUAGCUUAUCUGAUCAGAUUCCAUUCGAAAAAAUUCAUUUCGACUACAAUUUCAAUGAGUUUGCGGCGGUUCUAAAAACGAUGCCCAAAGCUCCCUAUUUGAUCUUGUACGACUCUUCCAACGUCGACGUGGUUUUCAAUCAUGUUUGUAAUCUUCAAUUCAUUCCAAAUGCCCUCUCCCGACUUGUAGCGGUGGCUUUUGACGAGAACUCCCAUGCCGCUCUGAAACUGAAGCAUCCAGCAAUUCCAAACGUUCUAAUUAACCUGAAGCCUUUGGUAGAAUCUCUGGAAUCUGUAAAAGAAAAUCGAGGAUAUUUAACGUACACCUUGGCACUGGUAGUUCACGCCAAAAUCUGCGCGAGCUUGGCACUUCGGGGAAUCGAUUUUUGGUCAAUGCAUCAGGAUUCAUUGUGGACUCAAAACUUUGAUCUGAUGAAUGUUGAGGAAAGAUAUCCAGAUGCAUAUUUACUAUUUGACACAAUUGGAAACGAGAAUCCAGUCUAUCACAGAAUGAGAGACUGGGUAUGCGGUGCGACGUUUUUCGUAAGAGGCAACCCGACAACGUUCCAGUUUUUCAGUCAGGUCGAAUCCUUCAUGUUAUCCCAUCAAAGCCCAGAUUCCACAAUUUUCACCUAUUUAUGUGGCCAUCAUCAUUACAAAUGUCAAUUUCUACCCCAAUGGAUGGUUUCCUCAUUCAACUAUUUCGAAGGACCCCGGGAAAAUGUACCUGUUCUUAUUCAAAUUGACGGUGGAAAACAAAAAGGGGAGUCUAAAAUGGAUGUAUUGAGAAGGGGCAAUUUUGUGUUUCAACAUGAAAAUGGCACUUGUGAUGAGACGAAUUUUCAUAAAUUGAGGGAAAACGUGAAGUUUGGCUUCCCAGAUUUCAUCCGAAAAGAUGGCUCACUGAAAGAAAAUUCGUUCCAGAAAACUGUAUAUUUUAUGAAAAACCUGUUCAAUGUGGACCCAUGGAACAGGAAAUUCUACUUGACUAUUCACGAGUCAUUAAUUUAAUUUUGAAGAUUAAUUGUUUGGUACAAAGCUUUAAUUUUACUGUAAUUUUAGUCGGGUUCUUGAAAAAUAAACGCAUUGUUUU